GGAUUGCAUCAGAACAAUUGGGAAUACGUCCAAGUAACAUAACCAAUUAAACUUUAAAUUUACAUCAACAACUAUUAAGUGAAUUGUUCGAGUUUUCCUGCCAAGGGAUUGACAUUUGAAGGCUUUCAAAUUGAUUUCAAACGGCUUAAGUGAGUAUAUAGAAAUCCACUUCAUCAACCUAGCCUGUAUUGGUGCGGACUAUAAAGUUGGCACAUAACAAGCACUCACACCAGCGCAAGGGGUGCAAAAUACGGUCUGCUGAAGGCCUACUGUGCCAGGUUGCUACCCGCAUCGUCAUUCAGUCGUCGAACGUGAACGAGUACGGAACGUCGGUGGAACCCUUGUCGAUUGUCGCAGCAAUAAAGAGAGAGUUUAAGAGAGAAUUGUGAGAGAAUUUUGGAAUACGGUACGGUGUUUUUGAUCAGAUUGAGGUUCUCGGAAAGCAACAAUUGUGAGCCCAAUGGAAAGAGUGUGUGAAGCAAUGAUGAUAAUCGUGAAAAAAGCAGAGCGUUUGCAAGAGUUCGUUUAAGGCAGCAUAAAACUGGUUCGAUACGCGGGCCCGAUUCGGUUCGUUCGGAGAUCGUGUUUGAUCCAAGAAUAUUGCUGGAAGUGUUGGAACUCCGCAGUUGGGUUUUGGUAUAUAUGUGUAAGUGGAUUGAAUUGGGGUUGCUGCUGCUGUAAGAUUAUUUUAAUUUCGGCGCUUCGAAAGUGAGUUCAAAAGGAAUAAAGGAAAUUUUAUUUUACGAGCACAAAUGAAAUGAAUGGGGGAAAAGUUUUGAGUGAAAAGUGAACGGAAUAAAGUGCGCAAUUGGAUAAGCCCUCACACAUGGAUUACGCAAAUAAUGGAUUAGUCGGAGCUGUCGUUUGUUAAACCGGAUUACAAUCAGGGAUUCAAAAUGGUCCUUUUACCAGCAGUGGAGAAGAGUAGCAGCAAAAUGUCAUCGGAAGUUACAAAAUUGGCCAAAGUGCUUCCGGCCGUUAGCGGUCCGGAAUCGCCGUACAAACCUAGCAAAGUAGAUUUGAAGUCGAUCAACCCCUACAUCACAUGUAACCUCUGUAAAGGUUACCUGAUUGAUGCCACGACGAUCGUAGAAUGCCUGCACUCAUUUUGCCACAGUUGCAUCAUGAAGCAUCUACGAACGGAGCAGUACUGUCCCCAGUGCGAGAUGAUGAUCAACAAGGCGAAACCGAACAUCAAACCGGACGCCACCCUCCAAGCGAUUGUUUACAAGCUGGUUCCCGGACUAUACGAAAGGGAGCUGAUCCGAAAGCGAGCAUUCUACAAGCAGCACCCGGAAAAGGCCGCUCUGGCAACGCCGGAGCAAAGAGGCGAAGACACCGAACAUCUCAUCUUUAGCCCCAGCGACAAGAUGUCUUUAACGCUCGAAUACGCCGACAAAGAGCUGGCCGAAAACAACGAGGAGCUGGAGCGGCCGAAGGUACUGAUGUGUCCGGCCGUUUUCACCGUGGCCCACCUGAAGAAAUUCAUCAUUAACAAGUACAGCAUUCCGACGCAUCAGUUCUACGUCGAGAUCAUGUACAAAGUGCAAACGAUUACCCUGCCGGACCACUACACCCUGAUGGAUGUGGCAUAUAUCUACACGUGGAAGAAGGAUGCUCACAUGCGAUUCUUCUAUCGAAUUAGGACGCACGAAAUGAAGCCGGUGGAGCUGCCGGAGGUUCCGCUCCGGAGAUCCCCCAGCUUGUCCGCUGGCUCGACGGGCGGUCGCAACUCGUCGUCGCUAACGACGAUCAAAGAGGAGGACGCCGACAGCAAGGAAAGUUUGGAGCUCAUAAAACCGAGUGACAUCAAGCUGGAAGAGGAGCAGCAGAAUGGCAAACUGAACGGCACCGAAGUGCCUUCCGUCAUCAACAGCUCCACCACCGCCGCAAACACCAACACCAUCGCGAUGGUCAAACUGCCGAUUGAGGAGACAUUUAUUGGCCGUUCGACCACGAACACGACGGCGGGCGCUGUUGGUGUGAGUGAGCACCGCCACCAGCAGCAGAAGGCAAAGGUUGACGUGAAACCGAAUGUUGCCGCGCUCGGAAAAUACCAACAGGAAAGCAGAACCGGCGAGAGCAAAAUGGAAUCGGCCACCGGUUCACCCGAUUCGCCCAAGGUAGUAAAGAAGAACGAAUCGAUAAAGCUCAAAAUAGAAAUGAACAAAAACACCUAUAAUGUCAGCAUCCUGCAAAGCCCUCAUCCGUUGGACCAGGAAGAGGUCGCCAGCAAGCACCAUAAAUCAGAUAAGCCGGAGAAGGCCAAGAAGAAGAAAUCCGAGGACAAGGAGAAGAGUGUCAACAAGGUUAAAGCCUCCAGUGAUCUAAAGAUUAAGAUAGAAAAGGUGAAAGACGGACUAGUCAGUGUGAAGAGUGGUAAAAAGGUGCCCUACAAAGUGGAACUUACCGGGCUGAGUGAUUUGAAGAACAAUAACCAUAAAAUUAGUCAUAAUGAUCUGGCGGACAGUAAAAAGGCGCGCAAAGAGGCUCACAAGCUGGAGAAAAGUGAAAAGAAAAUCAAAUCUCCCAAACGCAAUCCGGAGAUUGACAAUGUGCACCCCUCGAUUGUGCUGAAGAUUGAUCAGAAGAGUCCCGAGUUGUCAACGUCAACUUUGAAGAUAGUGUCUCAUCCGCUGGCCUCUUCUUCGCCGAAACCGAAACCCGAACCAGUGUUUGAAGAUGAAAAAUCACAGUUCCUUAAUUCGUUUGAGCUUACUCCAAUUAAGUCAGUUGGAGGUGAGUCUAGGUCCCCUUCCAAAUCGCCGAUUUCCGGUGGAUCUCCCCCUAGGCUUUCGAUUGCUGACAUCAAGCCGGGAAAGCGAAAAAAUAAGGAACCUUCUUCUAACCGAAGUGUUCUGAAGAAACCAAAACUAUCCGAUGACGAAAUGAAGGCUUUGGUAGAGAAAAAGGUGCAGGAGAGUAUUAAAUCAACUGGAGAGCAUAUUUUGCCGCUAACGAGCUCUCUUAAACCUAAACAGGGAACGGAAAAGAGUGCCAUACCAAUUUUACCGCAUCAACCUCCGAAAGUAAACAACUUGCCAAAGGAAGCUUCCAAGCCGGAGUCGAAACCGAAACCAGUCGAUUUCAAAGCUCCAUCGGUGAUGCCUCCUCCAGUUGUUUCAACCACUAACAUUCCUGCCCCAAAACCCGCUCAACCUGUGAUGAUUGCUCCCAAACCCGUGAACGCCGAUGCGUCCAAACGACCUGCAGUGCCUUCCUUCCCAAAACCCAUGCAACCAGCCAAGAAGCUACCUCCUCUGCUACCGAAAGAUCUCGAGCAAGCCAAAAUUAAUAAACCAAAACGACCUCAGCAGAAUGCUGGACCCACCAUCCACAUCUCGCCCAAUAAAGAAACGGAAAUCAGCGAAAUUAAGCCGGAAGACGCUAAGAAGAACAUCAAAGUUUAUGGCCCCCCAUCCGAUGGAGAGACUUUUGCUGUUCCAUCUGCACCGGCUAUGCCGAAACCGAAACCCAACAACAAAACCCGCCCGGUCAACUAUCUCAAUUACGCUUUGAUGAACGCCAACAAGGCUCCUGCGGGAUCCCGAACGCCAAUCCCCUCGUACUGCAAUUCUCCAAGCUACUCGCCGGACUCUCCGCAGUACAACCCAAAUUUCAACAUCUCAACCAAACAGUACAAGUACGCGAACCCGUUAGCUUAUGCAAAUCAUCUGCAAACCAUGCUGAACGAUCGUCGAACGGGCAACAAAUCACCUCCAUCGACGACGGCCGCGGCGGAUAAGAAACCGGAAUCUGCCAACGAGAAAAAGAGGCCAUGUCCCAGUCCUGAAAAUAAUAAGCAGGAACCACCCAUGAAGCAACCGAAAGUGCAGUCGUUGCUCAAUCAA